AUGUAUCCCUUUCUGACGUCUGUUUGUGCUCUCUCUACGCUACUUCCUCUAGCCAUCGCCCAAACCUCUGGGACGUUCAAUACUCUUACGUUCAAUGUCGCUGGCCUACCUGCCCUUCUAAACGGCAACGAUGUUCCUGGAGAUAAGGAGACCAACACCGCCCGCAUCGGCCAGCUGUUCUCUAAAUAUGACAUCUCUGUCAUCAACGUUCAAGAGGACUUCAACUACCAUGCUACGCUGUACGCCAAUGAUGACCAUCCUUAUAGAACAGCUACAAGCGGGGGAGUGCCCUUUGGUAGCGGCCUGAACACUCUGAGCAACUAUCCUUUUACAGGCUUUCAGAGAGUCAAGUGGAACACAUGCAGUACUUUUGAUAGUGCAGACUGUCUCACACCAAAAGGCUUCACCUUCAUGCGCGUUAAGCUGGCUGAAGGCGCAGUAGUGGACAUGUAUAACCUACACGCCGAUGCCGGUACCACUGCCGCGGACAACAAGGCCCGCGCGGCCAACCUCCGCCAGGUAUCCGACUACAUUAAAACCAACUCAGUCGGCAAUGCAGUGGUCGUCUUCGGCGACUCGAACUCGCGGUACACGCGCACCGACGACAUUCCUGACGUGUUCAAGACCGAGAAUGGUAUGACCGAUGUUUGGCUGCAGCUUGUCCGCAACGGUGUUGCGCCCGCGAAAGGUGCUGAUGCUCUGCUCUGCUCGAACCCGUCCACUACCAACACAUGCGAAAUCGUCGACAAAACCUGGUACCGUGGAUCUUCUGCUUUGACACUUACGGCAAAAACAUUCGACUAUGCAGGUCACAUGUUUCUCCAAGAGAACGGCGACCUGCUUAGUGACCACAACGGUGUGCUCGUGGACUUUUCCUGGAGUCUGGUCAACAGCGUCGCAGUCUCCGAUGUCUUUGGCGGCGAAGAAGGUACGUGGUACAAUGAUCUGAGCACCGUCGCCGGUCUCGUCGGCCCAAAAGUUUCUUCAAUUACGCUUCGUGGUGCGGAGCGCGUGGAUGCAGUUUCCGUGACUCUGGCUUCUGGACAGACGCUUUCGCAUGGUGGGACUGGUGGCACAGCGACUACUUUAACUUUGGCUACUGGAGAGACGCUUACUUCUGCGCAGCUGUGUCAGGGUCAGAAGAACGAUAAGACCAGAAUCUUCUAUGCGCAGUUUACUACUAGCGCUGGGAAGACGAUAUCUGCUGGUGUCAAGACCAGCGACUGUGUGACGCGAACCGCCGAUACUGGCCUCAGUAUUGUCGGUUUCCUUGGUCGUUCAGGCGACGAAGUCGACCAGUUAGGUCUCAUCUACUCCAGAGCUUAG